CUCGGCUCUCUAGUCACCGCCGCACAGCGGCAUUCAGAUGAAAGAACGGUACCCGUACUUUUCAAAGGUGGUGUAGUACCGACUUCAAUUGAUUAGUACCACAAUACUUUAUUAGUAGCAGUAUACUGUACAACACUACUACACACACAUACAGUACAUAGAAGAAAGUGUGUUUUUGUUGUUUGUGUCUUGCAGACGUCCAGCAGCUGAUGGGUAAUCCAGAAGAAGUUUCCCCUCAGUCAGGGGGGAGCUCCACUUUGAAGCAGGAGACUCCACAACCACCCUGCAUUAAAAAGGAAGAGGAGGAACUCUGCAUCACUCAGGAGGGAGAGUGUCUUCUAGGACGAGAGGAAGCUGAUUACACCAAGUUUCCACUGACUAUUGUCUCUGUGAAGACUGAAGAUGAUGAAGAGAAACCACACGUAGACAACCUCUUAGCUCCACCAUCAGAUAGUGAGGCUGAAGACGAGGUUGAAGUAACUUUGAGCAGCGAUACAGACUGUGAAGGUGAUAUGAGGACUCACACUGACAACAAACACUCUGAAUGCUCUACAAAGAAGAGAGGUGAAAAAUGUUUGAGCUGCUCAGUUUGUGCUGAAAGUUUUACCACAAAGAGCCAAUUUACUGGACACAUGAGAACACACACAGGUGAAAACACAUGGAAUUGUUCAGUUUGUGGCAAAAGCUUUUUUCGAAAUAGCUAUUUGACCCAUCACAUGAGAACACACACAGGUGAAAAACCAUAUAAGUGUUCAGUUUGUGGCAAACGCUUUUCUCUAAGUAGCAAUUUGAUUGUACACACGAGAACACACACAGGAGAAAGAACAUUUAAGUGUUCAGUUUGUGGCAAUAACUUUUCUCAAAAUAGCCAUUUGACCCGACACAUGAGAACACACACAGGUGAAAAACCAUUUAAUUGUUCAGUUUGUGGCCAAAGCUUUUCUCGAAAUAGCCAUUUAACUCAACAUAUGGGAACACACACAGGAGAAAAAACAUUUAAUUGUUGCGUUUGUGGCAAUAGCUUUUCUCGAAAUAGCUCUUUGAAUGAACACAUGAGAACACACACAGGAGAAAAAACAUUCAAGUGUUCAGUGUGUGGCAAAAGCUUUUCUCGAAAUAGUUAUUUGACUCAACACAUGAGAACACACACAGGAGAAAAAACAUUUAAUUGUUGCGUUUGUGGCAAUAGCUUUUCUCGAAAUAGCUCUUUAACUGAACACAUGAGAACACACACAGGAGAAAAAGCAUUUAAGUGUUCAGUUUGUGGCAAAAGCUUUUCUCGAAAUAGCUAUUUGACUCAACACAUGUGAACAAACACAGGAGAAAAACCGUAUAAUUGUUUGGUUUGUGGCAAAAGCUUUUCACUAAGUAGCAAUUUGACUGUACACAUGAGAACACAUACAGAUAGGGGUGUAACGGUACACAAAAAUUUCGGUUCGGUACCUACCUCGGUUUAGAGGUCACGGUUCGGUUCAUUUUCGGUAAAGUAAGAAAACAACAAAAUACAAUUUUUUGGGUUAUUUAUUUACCAAAUUUGUACGCAAUGGCUUUAUCAUUUUAACAUUGGAACACUAUAAUAAUUCUGCCCACGUUAAUCCACAUUAAACUGACUCAAGUUGUUGCUUUGAUUAAAUAAAAUGACAAAACCUUUAUUCUACAUAUAAAAAGUGCAACAUCAAACAGUUUCAAGUCAACUUAUCAUGCUUAAUUUAUUACAGCUUUUGGGAAGCCUGUAGUUGACUUUUAUUAUGCAAACGUUACAUUUUUGUCAACAAUUGAUAGCAGGGAACCUGCCAUUCAAAAGUAGGCUGCUACAUUACUAAUGAUUGAUUUAACUAUUGCCGAAAAAAUAGCACAAUAGCAAUAGGAGAGACUAUUCAUCCCUGAACACCAUGGAGUUCAAGUGAAACAACAGACAGACAGGACUUUGCUGCCCCAAACACACGCACACACACACACACACACACAGCAAAAUGAGCUAACGUUACGCUGAAAGCUAAUUAGCCUUCACCUCAAGCCAGAACUGCGAGCAAGCUGAGCUGCAGUUUAAGUUUCUAGAAGGUCAACGGGCUCAUAGUGAUGUUCGUAGAAGUUGUGACUGGGAGGUGUAUUUUUACAAUUUGGGGAGAGUACGCUGUCUGCUGCUCACCUGCUAAACACAUAUCUGCUUGACGCUUAAGCAGUGACUACAUGCGCUCUGAAUACGCACUGUUGAUUGGCUGUUACAGCGCUCUGAAUACGUACUGCUGAUUGGCUUUGCAUGUAACCAACCAGAAAGUUGUGUGGGUGGGACAAUGCUGGGGACUGAGACAGAGGCAGAAAGCAGAGCAGCUUGUUAAGACUUUAGCUUACAAACUCGUUCUGUACCCCCCGUACCGAAUUGAAACCUCCGUACUGAAACGGUUCAAUACAAAUACACGUACCGUUAGACCCCUAAAUACAGGUGACAAAACAUGUAAGUGUUCAGUUUGUGGCAAAAGCUUUUCUCGAAUUGGCGUUUUGACUGAACACACCGGAACACACACAGGAGAAAAAACAUAUAAUUGUUCAGUUUGUGGCAAAAGGUUUUUUCGACAUAGCUCUUUGACUCGAGACAUGAGAACACACACAAGAAAAAAAACAUUUAUGUUUUCAGUUUGGGGCAAAAGUUUUUCUCGAAUUAGCAUUUUGACCGUACACCUGAGAACACACACAGGAGAAAAACCAUAUAGUUGUUCACUUUGUGGCGAAAGCUUUUCUCGAAAUAGCAUUUUGUCUUAACACAUGAGAACACACACGGGUGAAAAACCAUUCAAAUGUUCAGUUUGUGGCAAAAGCUUAUCUGUUAAGAGCACUUUGAUUAAACACAUGAGAACCCAUACAGGUGAAAAACAAUUAGUUGUUCUGUUCGUUGCAAAAGCGUAUCUGUCAAGAGAAAAUUGACUCGACACAUGAAAACACGCAUUGGAGGAAAACCAUUUAGUUGUUCAAUGUGCGGUAAGAGGUUCCCACAUAAUUCAGACGCAGUAAAACACAUGAGAACACACAAUGGAAAAUAAGCAAUUAGCUGUUUAGUUUGUGGUAUGUUGCUCAUAUGUGGCGACAUCCACCCUACCCAGGACCUCCUCACUGCUUCUUUCACUAAUAUCUGAGGUAUUCAUACAAACUUGGAUUAUUUGGAGCAUAAUCUUAUCCACUCAUGACCCCAUGUCUUCUCUGUAUCUGAAACCUUCCUGAACAGUAAGAUAGAUGAUGCUUCAAGUGCUUGGUUACUCCUUCUUCAGUCCAGGGACCUCAUGUGUCAAGUUUGUGCACACUCAAAAACCUGAACUACAUCCUUUUUUAUGGCAAAGUUGAGAUGUAUCAAAACUGACAUAAAUAAAAUGCAGCAUGAGACACUGCACACUGAUAUAGUUCUGUGAAAAUGAUUGUCUUCUGUGCAAAUGUAAAGAAAGUGAACAGUGUGUGAUUUACUGCAAUACUGUCAGUCUUUCAACUUUUUAUUUGUGCUUUGUUGAAAUUGUUCACUCAGUGCACAGCUUUUAUUAUUAUUAUGUCUAGAAGACAGGAAGUAACUCAACACUCUUGAAUAGUUUCUACCUCAGUGUGUAUGGUUUGUUGAGUUAGCACAGGAUUAAUAUGUGGAAAUGACAAAUGAGGUCGUUGAUGCAUAGAAUAGUUUUUAUUCAUGCUUUAUUUUGUUUUUUGUUCAACCCUAGAUGGGUUGUGACUUAAAGUUUAAUUGUUUUGUAGAAACACUGAGAUUAAAGGCCUCCUGAAAGCCACUACUAGCGACCACGCAGUCUGAUAGUUUAUAUAUCAAUGAUGAAAUAUUAACAUUGCAACACAUGACAAUACGGCCGCUUUAGUUUACUAAAUUGCAAUUUUAAAUUUCCCGCGGAGUUUCCUGUUGAAAACGUCGCGGAAUGAUGACGCGUGUUUGUGACGUUAUUGGUUGGAGGCGACAUAUUAGCCAGCACCACUUACGGCUA